GGAGCAGGGCGCGGAAGGGGUACGAGUGGGCCGCUGCCUGCUGGCGGGUGCCGCCCGUGACGGGCCGUGUGCCUCAGGCGCUGCCGGACUGGGAUGGCGCACGGCGCCCCGCUGCCCCCCGCCAUGCUACAUACUGCCGGCAAAGCCCAGCAUGGGAACUUCCUGGUGGCCAUCAAGCAAGAAAAGGGGGAGGUUCCCCGCACGAGCACUGAGAAGCCCCACAACGAGGAGGAGCCGGUGAAGAAGAGGGGCUGGCCCAAAGGGAAGAAGAGGAAGAAGAUCCUACCCAACGGCCCCAAAGCCCCUGUGACGGGCUAUGUUCGCUUCCUAAAUGAACGGCGUGAGCAGAUUCGCAUGCAGCAUCCUGACCUGCCCUUUCCUGAGAUUACCAAGAUGCUGGGAGCUGAGUGGAGCAAGCUCCAACCCUCAGAAAAACAGCGGUACCUGGACGAGGCAGAGCGGGAGAAGCAGCAGUACAUGAAGGAGUUGCGGGAAUACCAGCAGUCAGAGGCCUACAAGAUGUGCACGGAGAAGAUCCAGGAGAAGAAGAUCAAGAAAGAGGAUGCUGGCUCUGUAGCUGUGAACACCCUCCUGAAUGGCCACCCACACAAGGUGGGGGAAUGCGGCAGUGAUGGCUUUUCCACGUUUGAUGUGCCGAUCUUCACAGAGGAGUUCUUGGACCAGAACAAAGCACGGGAGGCAGAACUGCGGCGCCUGCGGAAGAUGAACACGGAGUUUGAAGAACAGAAUGCUAUUCUGCAGAAGCACACAGAGAGCAUGAGCUGUGCCAAGGAGAGGCUGGAGCAGGAGCUGGCACUGGAGGAGAGGCAGACACUGGCCCUGCAGCAGCAACUCCAGUCUGUCCGGCAGGCCCUGACCACCAGCUUUGCCUCCCUGCCCAUCCCAGGCACCGGAGAGACCCCCACACUGGGCACCCUGGAUUUCUACAUGGCCAAACUGCACAGCGCCAUCGAGAGCAACCCUCUGCAGCACGAGAAGCUGGUCGUGCGUAUCAAAGAGAUCCUGUCCCGGAUAGCCAGUGAACACUUGUGAAGAGGACCCUCCUGCUGCAGCAAAGCACUGACUGACGGGAACCCUCGACACCUCCUCCCCCUGCCUUCAUGUUCAGCUGCUGCAGAGAGCUGGUUCUGCCCUAGCCACCGCACUGCUGUAUGCCUCUGCCUGGCACACAUGUUUGCUGGAGGAAUAGUUCAACUGGGCUGAGCAGUUCCUGUUGUUUCAGUACAGCUGAGACCUGGGAGCUGGGCAUCUCUGGGUUUAGGGCUGUAGCUAGCCUGCUAUGACUGGAUGAGGGAUGCUGCUUACGGGGCCUGUCCUCCACUCCAUCACCUGAUGCUGGCUUGCUCCCAGUGCAGGGUGUCUUCAGCAUUGCCCUAGCAGGGCAUAGCUGAUGGUUGUGGACAGCUGGACAGUCAUGGAAGGCAGGGCAGAUGGGGGUCAAGGCUGCAAACCAGGACCCAGUAGAUCUGGGUUCAGCUCUCAGCUCAUCCACAGGCCUGAGUCACCCCAGCGCAUCCCAGUAGGACAUAGUGUAGUGGAAACUCUGUGCCUCUGGUUCCUCCAGCUUCAAACCCUCACACAAGUGCUGCGGGCAGGUUUGUUGUGGUCAGUAGGGGGCUGAGGGAGUCCAGUAAUAGGGACCAAACCCGCACCUUGCUUUGCCCUGCUCUGUGGUGAGGGUAGUUGGGGGUAUCUUUAACCCUGAACUGAGCAGUGCUCUGAGGGUCCCUACUUAGGGUUUCUUUGUGUCAGGAGCUGCCCUGGUGCCUGCAGCAACCAUUGCCCUCCUUCCCUGAGGAUCAUGAAGAGGGGACCUGCCUGUCUCACCCAGGUGCCUCCUAACAGCUGACUUCAGCCACUAAACUUAAUCAAGUCGUUAUAGAGCAUCUUAUUUUCUUACUAGCACCACAUAACCAGGUUCUAUAUUAGGAAUCAGUGUAUAUCCACUCCAAGAAACAGCCUCUCCCUUGAGGUCAAUACUCUGUAGAGUUUAGCGUGACAGCAAGAAUUAGCCUCUUUCUGUAAGCAUCUCCAUGGCCUCAGCACUUAACCUGUUCUCAGGUGGACCAGCUGCUGCCCACCCUGCCUGGGAAUGCUCCUGGAGACUGGUUAAAUAAAAACUGGGUUGAAUAACCA